AUGAUGUUUCGAUUCAGUCUCCUUUUCUCUCUACUGGCACAUUGUUUGAACGCGCAAAACAUUAUCAAUGGCCAGAUUUUCACGCCUGGAAUCGCCAUUGUGGAUGCGCCGCAGCCUAAUACGCCACUAGGUGGUGAUACGUUGCAGGUAGCUCUUGACGUUUCUUCCGACGGGCAACUGCAGCUCCCACCAUACCCCGCGAAUCCUGUCUCUGCGAUAAACAACAUCACCAUUUACCUAUCGAGUUACACGACGGGCAAGAACUUCACGAUUUCGAAUGGCACUGCGGGCGCGGGGAACGCGAGUUUAGGGGCGAUCAUGCAGCAGGAGCCCGGGAGCACCGUCAAGCAUGUCAACUGGGUAUGGCCGGACUGUCUGGUUGGCGAUGGCGACCCAACUGGGUCCAACAGCUCCAGGGGUGUUUACAAUAUAUCCAUACGCCAGAACUUUCGAUUGAACGGAACAGAUCAGUACACUAUCUUUGACCUCCCGAUUCACGUCACGAACAAUAUACCCAAGGAGGGCAUUCGACCGUCUUGCGAUGCAUUGGAUAACCCUCUGAUAGACGAGGAAGCACUGGUUGCUUCUGCUAAUAAUUUCACCCGCAUAGCUGGGACUGCGAUACAGACAGGUGGAACAGGAGAGGGAUUGGGCAAGCCAAAACCGGAUGCACAACCUAAAGACGGAUUAGGUGGUGCAGGCGCCGUUGAUUGGCGGACUGGAAUCUAUUGCGCCUGGCUUGCCGUCUUUGUUUUCAUGCUUACUCUUUAG